CUACGAUCCUUACUUCCUGGAUACGCGUUCACAGAAAAAACAGCCAGGUUUGGAUUUGUUGUCAUUGUCUCACACAGAGUUUCCUCCGACCUGAGGUUUAUAUUCACAGGAGAACUCGGAGCCUUCCGGCGAUAGAGAACCCUUUGAGAGAGAGGACGUAUCGAUGAUAACGUGAAAUCCGACGUGGAGGCGGAGGGCGCAGAAGUGUCAGAGCCUCAGAGCGCCACGUCAUUGGUCGAGUCAUCGCAAACACACCCGGGAUUUAGUCCCAGCCCCUGGCGCCGGGGUUUAGACGGCGACACGUCCCCUCGGAGCGCUGCCGGGUUUUCUGGACCGGUUUUUGUUUUUCUUACCGAGGAUCAGUGAGUAAGAGGAUCAACAUGACGGCGUCCAACUCGGGUCUCAUCAUGAACGUGGUGAACAGCAUCGUGGGAGUGAGUGUGCUCACGAUGCCCUUCUGCUUCAAACAGUGUGGGAUAGUGCUGGGAACAAUACUGUUGUUCUCCUGCUCCUGGAUGACCCACAAGUCCUGCAUGUUCCUGGUUCACACGGCUAGCAACACCAAACGAAGGACCUAUGCAGGAUUGGCCUUCCACGCUUACGGGAAACCAGGGAAAGCACUGGUGGAGACCAGCAUGAUUGGGUUGAUGUUGGGGACCUGCAUCGCCUUCUAUGUCGUCAUCGCUGAUUUGGGCUCAAAUUUCUUCGCUCAGCUGUUGGGUUUAGAGGUGACGUUCAGUUUUCGCGUGGUGCUGCUGAUCGCCGUGUCUCUCUUCAUCGUGCUGCCGCUGAGUCUGCAGAGGAACAUGAUGUCCUCCAUCCAGUCCUUCUCUGCGAUGGCGCUCAUCUUCUACACCCUCUUCAUGUUCACGAUGGUGCUGUCCUCGUUCAAACACGGGGUGCUCAGCGGCUGGUGGCUAAGUCAGGUCUAUGCGGUGCGCUGGGAGGGUGUGUUUCGCUGUCUCCCAAUCUGUGGGAUGGCCUUCGCCUGUCAGUCGCAGGUGCUGCCGACCUACGACAGCCUGGACGAGCCGUCCGUCAAACGCAUGAGCACCAUCUUCACCUCCUCCCUCAAUGUAGUCACCAUCUUCUACAUCACCGUGGGGUUCUUUGGCUACGUCAGCUUCACAGAAAACAUUGCGGGCAACGUGCUGAUGAAUUUCCCCUCCAACCUGGUGACGGAAAUGAUCCGCGUGGGCUUCAUGAUGUCUGUGGCCGUCGGAUUCCCGAUGAUGAUCCUGCCGUGUCGCCAGGCCAUCAACACCAUGCUUUUUGAACAGCAGCAGAAGGAUGGGACAUUUGCUGCCGGGGGAUACAUGCCUCCUCUGCGCUUCAAGAUGAUCACCCUCUGCAUCGUGUUUGGUACCAUGCUGGGAGGCAUUCUGAUUCCAAACGUGGAAACCAUUCUGGGUUUGACUGGAGCCACCAUGGGCAGUCUCAUCUGCUUCAUAUGCCCUGCUCUCAUCUACAGGAAAAUCCAGAAGAAAACCUUCAUCGCUCAGUUGGUGCUUUGCGUGGGACUGGGCAUCCUGCUGAUCAGCACCUUUACCACUCUCUCCAUUUCGUCAAGCACCCCUGGCACCAAGGUCCUAGCCCCUUCUCCUCGAGCGCCUGUCAAGAAUAAUCAGCUGCUUCCGGACCCCCGUGAACAGCAUGACAAUCCUUCUAACAAGAAGCCAGUGGAAAUAGAAAAGCCUGACCUCCCAGUGGACCAACCUGUGGAGAGGGACCAGGGCGAGCCCCCCCAGAUUAAAGGACCAGUUGAAUUACCUGAGGGGAAGAAAGGGGAGGAGGUGCAGUUGGACCGACCUGAUGCUGGUGUUGCGUUGGCAGAGGGAGAGGCCCAUCGCCACGAACCCCCCAUCCCUCAUGACGAGGUCAAAGUAGACACAAGAAAAGAGGUCAAGAAACAAGCGGAUGGAGGAGGAGUAGAUGAAGCACCCAAAAGAGAUGGAGGAGAGGACAAGGUAAAUAACCCAAUGCCUGCAGAGGCUGUUGUGAGGAAAGAGGAGGUGGAUUUGGGUGGAGGUGAAGUCCAGUCCAACGAGCUGCCGGAGAACCCGGUGGAAGACGGAGGAAAAAGGCAGAGCGUUCCCCUGCCAAAAGAGGGGGAGAAGUUAGAUGCGGCGAAAGAUCUUCCGGCAGCGAAUGCAGUCGGUGCGGCCAAUCAGGCUGCGGUUGUAAAAGUGGGCAAAGUUCCAGAUCCUGCAGGGAAAUCUCCGCUUCUUGAAGGAGAACCUCAUCCUGCUGCAGAUGACGCUCCCGCUGCAGAAAGUAGUAAAGACACAGCGGACGAAAAGAUGGGGGAGGGCCAGCUCGACCAUGCGGUGCUACUGCAGGUGAUCCAGGUGCAACAAGAGCAACAGAAGAGACUUCUAGAUCAGCACGAAAAACUACUGGCUGUCAUAGAAGAGCAACACAAGGAAAUCAUCCAGAAACCACCUGCUGGUGCUGCUGAGAGCGAGGCAGAGAAAGGCAUCCAGGAGCACGUGGAGGUGAUGGAAGGUGCAGCAGCAAAGCCCAAAGACUCUGGACUGGUCCCAGAUCUGAAACAGGCCAAGGAGGCAGCUGGAGCUGAAGCAGGAGUUCCACAGGGUGGAGUGGAUGUGGCCGAGAAUCAAGCUCAGGCUGUGGGCAAAGUGGAUGUGGCCGUGCCACCUAAAGAAGUCGUCCCAGCUGCUUACAAGGAGGAUUCCAAUCCUGCACGCGGAGAAGAAGCUCAGAAACAGAUGGAGCUGGGAGCGAGGGGAGUGCCACUAGGGAAGAUUAGAUCCGAUGAAAAUCAACCUGUGAUUCAAAACGAUCCUGCAGCUCAACUUAAAAAUGAAGAGAAACACAUCGAUAAUGAAAACCAGAAACAUGUUAAACAGAUAGAGAAAGAAGUACAGGCAAGGGUGGAAAAAGAAAGGCUGGACGAAGAGAAGGCAAGAUUAGACAAAGAAAGGAUAGAGAAAGAAGUGCAGGCAAGAGUGGAAAAAGAGAGACUGGAAAGAGAGGAAAAAGAAAAGGUCAAAGAGAAGGAAAGAGCAGAGAGUGAAAGGAUAGAGAAAGAAGUGCAGGUGAGGUUACAAGAACAACGGGAGAGGAGAGAGAAGCUGGCCAGAGAACAGGAGCUGGAGAAAGAGAGAGCAGAGAGAGAGAGACAGCAAAAAGCUGCCGAGGAGAAAAUCCAGCAGGAGAUACAGAAAGCAGACAACGAAGUACUUGAGAGAGUGAGGAAAGAAAAGGAGGCAGAGCAGGCUCGGGAGAGGCUGGCCCAGCUGAAGCCAGCCAUGGAAGGCCAAGAAGCUGAAAAGGCUGCUGCACAGGGACCUGAGAGUAAAGACGGCGAAGCUUUGAUGAAAGGAGGACGAGACCUCAAAGAGAAAGUCGAGGCUCAGGCAAACCCCAGAGAAGUUGCGAAAGACAGAGCUGUCAAAGCCAAGGCUCACCCCCAGGGCUCCCACGAGAAAGUGAGGGACCAGGGAGAGAUGGAUCUGAGGCGGAGGCGCAGGGAGGUGGGACCUAAAGAGGCUGGAGGGCUCCCGGUGGACACAGGGGAGUCCAGGGGGAUGCCCGGCCUGGAGCCCCUGCUGGAGCUGGGAGGCUCCAACCUGCACGCUGCCCUGGAGGAGCAGCUGCUGGCCGGGGCCAUGGUGCACUCGCGGCAGAUUAAACAGGCCUCAGAGGACGAGGGAGAGAAAUAACAUCAGAAGCACAGAUUCUCAUUUAGUGGUCAGGCAGUGAGUUCACAUGUUGUUAUACCUGCAGGACCUCCUCACACUGUGGAGCAUGACAACCGAUGCCUUACGUUCUCUCUGUCUCUUCGUGGACAAAGAGUUCUUUAUAAAGAAAAGUGUAUGUACAUAUUAACUUAUUUUUGGCGUGUGGCGGGGAUUUGUGGGGGAUCCUUUGUUGAAAAAAUGUAUAUAAAUCUAUGCAAAUACCGUUAUAUGGAGAGUUUUGACAAGGCAAAUAUAUUGAUUUAUUGCAAAUCAUUUCAAAUUUGUAUUGUUCACCGUCUUCUCUACAAUGUGUGUUUGUGAUGACUUUUUUCUAAAGGUCCAGGUCAUUUUGUGUUACUCUGAGAUGUAAAUAAUGUAAAUCUCUAUGUCUCUGUGUCUUUGAACCUUCAUAUUGGAUGUAAUGUGGAUUCACGUCCUUGUUUCACAUUUUCAAAUGAGACUCAACCCAUUGUUGGAGCUGAACAGAGGAGCCUUACUCUUUGAUAAACUUUACUAUGAAGCAGCUUGAUACAGACGACCUGGAUCACCAGUUUCCAUAUUCCCCUGUCUCUUUCCUUGUAUGUAUUUAUUAGUGCCUUUCAAUCCACAUGCUGCAGUAGUGAUGGUGUUUCCAUGACCCCUCUUACUGUAAAUGGUACAGUAAAUUAAUUUUUAUAUAAAGCUAUUUGGUUGAGGACGGUGUAAGGAAACGUGGACUGUUUUUGUGUUACAUGUAAUCCAAUUUUGCUGAAGACUCCAUCACUCAAAGCUUCAACACUUAUCACAUUUGCUUUGAACAAGAGGCUAUUUUGUUAUCUGAAUAUUUUUCUAUGUGCGUUGUAUUUCUAUACAUUUUGGUGAUACGAAUGAAUAAAGGAUCAAAUACAA